AUGUCUUUGAGACGGCCAUCAAGAUAUCGAGGAGGACAAAAAGUGAAUGAUGCAAAUAUUGAGAUCAAUGCUCUUUUAGAAACACAACCAUUUGAUGAUAAACCUUCUUCAACUGGAGAAGUUCAAUUUGAUGAAGAUGGACUUACCGUUGUUCAUAGAGCAAUUGAAAAUGGGAACUAUAACUUGCUGAUCUUGUCAUUAUUUAAAGCUAAAACAAUCGAGGAACGAAAAAAGCUUGUGAAUGCAAAGACACAAAAACAUUUGAAUGCCGAUCGACCGAAAGGACUCACUCCAUUUCAUAUGGCAGCUUAUGCAAGAGGAAAGAAUCAUUCAAUGGAGGAGACUCUAUAUAAAAUGUUGAUUGAACUACAAAAACAUAAAGGGAAAAUCGAUGAACUGAAUAGUAGUGGUUUAUCUCCUUUACACUAUGCCGCUUAUCGAAAUUCUGUACUUGCUGUUCGAGUGUUGACUCGAUGUGGAUGUGAUUUGAAUGCUGUGAACCAAGAAGGACGAACACCGCUGAUGAUUGCUUGUAUAAGGAAAGCAAAAGAAGUGAUUACCUUACUCUUGAAUAAACGAGAGACUCUCGAUUUUGAGCGAAAAGAUCGUUUCGGGAACACUUUUCUUCAUUUAAUGGCUCAAUAUUGUGAUGAAGAUCUGAUCAACACUUUUCUUGAUAUUGAUGAAAUAUUGAGAAUUGAUGAUGGGAGAUUUUUUGAAAGAAUCAAUCGCGUUCAAAAAUUGAUCAAUUUGCCGAGUCAAGAACGAAGAAUGACACCAUUAAGGAUUGUGGUGGAAAGAGGAUUUUUGACUGCAUUGCAGAGAAUGCGAUUUCUUCUUCGAUGGGUGCCGGCUGAACCAGAGAAAGUUGAAAGGAGUCAACAAAAGAAAAAUAAGGAAGAGGAAAGGGAAAGGAUUGAAAAGGCGAAGAAUGAGACAAUUAAAAAUAAUACUGACAUUCUUCACAUUGCUGCCUCAAUCGGGAAUGGUUCAACAAAUCUGUUGAUUGUACAAGAGUUGAUCAAGAGAAUCAUAAUGUCGUCCGGUCCAUUGGCCUUUGGGAUCUUCCUCGAUUUGCUUUUCAACAAAGAUAUCUCAAAAGCUCGAUACAAUGUGGUGGAAUUGCAGAGGUUAAUUGUUUGGAUAAAAGAAUCGGAUGAUCUCGAAUUUGAAAUGUUGCAGUCGUAUCAGUAUCGGAGUGAUCAGGAAAACCAAAAUCUAUCAAAUGCUGCUUAUGAAUGUCCAAUUGAAGAACUCGAAGAGCUACAGAAUGGCAAAGAUGAAAAAAGUUUGGCGAAGUCAAUCAUUGCACCUCAACCAUUGUCUGUCUGGAGACUUUCUGAUCAAAACGAAAGGAUUAGCGACGAAAGCCUGUUGAGGAUCCCGGGAGUACUUUUGGAUCCUGAAGAAAUUGUGGUAGAAAAGGAUAAACGGGCUUCGAGUAUCAUUGAACUACAGGAACAUUCGUUCAGUCCAAUAUGGCGCACAUCUGAUCAGGGAGAUGGACGACGAUUUUUCUCUUCAACUUUAUCUCAGCAAACAACAAUUGACUCGGGAAUGAUCGAAGAACCAGAAGAUAUCAUCGAGAUUAUGGAUUCUAAAGAACGAUCAAAAUCAAUCGACAAGCGAGAUAUCAAUGGAAUGACUCCUUUAUUGCAUACAGCUUUUACUGGAGCCUGGGAAGCGGCUCAAGCGUUAAUCAAACGUUCCACAGCAUUAAAACCAUCCGAAUUGUUCUUUGAUGAAAAUAAUGCAGGAGAGAAUAUGAUUAUUGUUGCAGCGGGGAAUAAUCACCCAGAGUAUCUUGAUAAACUUUUUGAAGAGCUUUCAAAGAGGCAACUGCUAGAUAAAAGAUUUUGGAGCAGGUCAGCCUCAAGUCAAACAACUCCAUUGCAUUGUGUGGCUGAGAAUGGGUCAUUGAAGGGGACUAUGAAACUGAUCGAAGAGCACGCUCGAAUCGAUUCCCUAAACAGUCACAAUCAAACGCUACUCCAUGUUGCGGCUAAAGCUGGCCAUUUACCUGUCGUGGAGUACAUUCUCCGUCUUCCCGACAUCGUCUCAAUAAUUAAUUAUAAAGAUUACCGCUGGAACACUCCCCUUCACUUGGCAGCUCAAUUCGGUUUUGAGGAGAUCAUUCAAGCUUUAUUGAGAAAGGGUGCUGAUCCGAAAAUUCGAAAUUUCUAUCGAAAAACUGCGUUUGAUGUGGCUGUUGUGAAAGGACAUCUGGAAUGCGUGAAAAUCUUAUUGAAAUAUUUCAAAAUUGAUGGAGAAAAUGACAGAAUCAAAGCACCCAUUCAUUAUGCUGCAAAGCAUGGUCAUGAUAAUGUUGUUCAAUAUUUGUUAAGACAUGGGGCACAAAUUGAUAUUCUUGUCAAUAUGGAAAGUGGUGAAUCGGACGAAACUGCAUUAACAAUUGCGCUUGAUUUUGGCCGACGAAACGUCGCAAAGAAACUUUUAACAAAAACAAAUGAAUUGGAUCCACUGAAAAGUAGAAGCUGGGAAAGUCUGUUGUUCCACAAAAAGAAGAGAACGGAAAAGGAUCAGGAUCCCUAUGAUACACCAAUGAGGAGACUCAUCAAAGAUUUCCCCGAUUUGGCUGAAUUGGUGAUGGAUCAAUGUAUUUGUGAAAGCGAUGGAAUAAUCACGUAUAAUUUUGAGUUCAUCGAUGAUCCGUUUUUGAUGCAAUUGAAAGAUGAGAAUGGGAAUGAAACUGGCGAGUAUCGCGUAUUCGAUGAAAGAGGUCGACGAGCUAUAAUGGAGAACGGAGAUGUCCGUCGAGAAGCAACACUCUACAGUAAAAAUGGCUCACAAAUCUACAAAGAACAUCCAAUUAUGCUUAUGGCAAAAUCCGAUAAUCCUGAAACGAAAAAGUUAUUGGAGCAUCGAUUAGUGGUUAAAUUUAUUGAUUAUCGAUGGAGCAAUCUCGGGCGUUUUGUAUCGUUCUGGCUUUCUCUUCUGCCAUAUGCAAUAUUUUUGAUUCUCUACACGAUUAUUUUGCUGAAUAGAGUGAAAGUCGAAGAAUUAGAGGUGGACGAUAGUGUGAAUGCGACAAAUGAGUCAAUAAUCAACUUGACCACUUUCAUUGAUCACAAUCUUGCCACGAUUCCUUCAGAAACUCAGCGAAAUAUCAAUGAUUUGGAUUUGAUGUCAUCAAAUGGAACUGUUUGGUCAACAAAUUUGAUUUUAUCCGUAAUUGCUUUCGUUUUUUGGUGCUAUCUGCUAAUUAAAGAGAUCUUUCAAUGUUACAGUUUUGGCUCAAAAGCCUACUUCUCGAGUGGCGAGAAUAUAAUUGAAUUAACCGUUUAUGGACUUUCAUUAACGACAAUCAUUUUGAAAGCAAGAAUUGACAAUGACCCGAAAAACAACGAUUCGCAAGCAUUCUGGAUAUUUGCCUCAAUUGUCGUCGUGCUUUCGUGGCUUAAUUUGCUAAUGUUGAUCAGCAAAUGGAAAACCUUUGGAAUCUUCGUUCGAAUGGGACAAGGAAGAAUUCUCUCAUAUCGAGUCAUUUUAUGCUGGUUAUCCGUGUGCUCUUGUUUUUGCAAUAAUGAUGAGUCAGAAAUCGAUGAGGAAGAACAAAAUGAGAUUGAGACUGAAAAAGCGCAAAAUGAAAAACAAGCAAAAGUUGAGAUGAGUUUUAUCGAUGAGAGAUUUGCGCAAGAAAGUCUCGCCUCACUAAGUACAGAAAAGUUGCUGGCUUUGAAUCAACAAAGUAUUUAUGCAUUGCAAAAGGAAGUGAAAAAUUUGAAUACAAAGUUGAAGGAUCAAGAAGAGGAACAUCAUGUCAAGGAGUCAAAAUUGGUUGAAAAGCUGGAUCGAAUUAGUGAAAUGUUAGAGGAAAUGAAGAAUGGAAAAGAGUUUGGAUCGGAUAAAAUGCAAACGGGGAAUCAGAUGGAAACAAUGAAGACGUUGGAAACAAUGAACAAUGAAGACGUUAACAUUGAAGACGACGGAAAGGAUUCGAGUAGUACUGAAGCUGAAUGGAGUGAUGAAUUGAUGGAUCCACCAGCGGUGAAUUUUACUGAAACUGAAGAACAAGAAGAGUCGGACAAUGAAGCGUGUGCAAGUCUUGCCACAAUGCCACAAUUUCCACUGCCGAACAAUCACAAAAGAAAGCUUAGCACAACCCGUUGGGCUUUAUUAGAGUCUUCACCCAAUGAUCCGGCUGAUUGGAAAGCACAGAGAUUCUCUGAUACA